AUGACUGCUCUACCUGCUGUUACUAUUAACAUAAAGGAAAGUCCUGAUGGUUCAGCAGAAAAGGUUUAUACUGUACCUCCUUAUGGAUCCACUGGCCAACAAGUUAAGCUGACUAGGGAAGAGAAUCCCCCUGAAUCCGGCUUCUUAAAGUUCAUACAUACUUCACCUGACGGGUCACCUUUUAAGGUUAGCGAAGUGAGGUAUGGAGCUACUCCAGCUUCUGACUUAAACCCUAGUGAUGGAAUUAAACACCUUGCAGUAUGGUACUGGGAUAAUGACCAGGGUUUAAAAACCCCCCUCCUAGUAGAAGUUAAGGUUAAUGAUACAAAUUUUAGAUACAGCUCAAACAAGGGAGGUGGCGAUAUCCAAUGGAGUCCAGCUGGAACUACUCAACUCUCCGGUAAGGAACUUGAACAGAAACUGGAUGGCCUUAACUGUUCACUUAACAAUGCAGUUACCAUAAAUCUCACCUUUCAGAAUUCUGAGGUACAUAAAAAUAAUAACACGUACUGUUGCAGUACUCACAGUCAUAAUGGUAUUAGCGGGAGGGUCUCUGUUACUAUUAAUAAGGUUUCCUGUAAGGGACUGCAUCAAAGUGCCGACUGCUACAAACACACCGUUAAUACUGGCGAAUGGAGGGUAGCAGCUAUAAAGUAUGAUCCUACUGGUGAGAAAACUAGGAAUAGAAUAACUUUGAAUGGACACAAAUCUCCUCCAAGCGUAACAACCGUAUACGCAUUCUACAAAAACAAUAAUCCAAAACUGAUAUACGUUGAAGGAAAUGAGGAAAACAAGUGGUUUAAAAGUCCUACUGGUAUUAACAAUAAAGACGAACAGUGGACAAAAGUCUCGACCAACAUCAAAGGAAUAACACCUGAUAGUGCUAGUGGAACCUGCACAAACUGGACUCAGCUUAAAAAUGCACUGACAGAGGCUAAAUGUGGAAUCUAUCAAGAAUGCAAUAAGAAAUCAAAUACAGUAGUAUCUUUUGAAACUCCUCCGCCUCCACCUCAAAAACCAGGUGCUUCUGCUGGUGCUGGACAUCAAGGACCUGAUGGUGAUGCUGGAGGCUCUGGUAUAGGAGAACUACUUAGAAGCAUAAUUGGAGGGCUAACUUCUGGAGCUAUUUGGGCCAUUAGUAAUAAAAAAGUACUAGAAACUAUAACAAAAGUUGGAGAGACAAGCUAUGAUUUAGCUAAUACAACAGGUAUAGAUACUCUAAAGGCAGCUCUUGAGAUAACUGAAAAGGCUCUUGAAGCCCAUCCUCCUGAAAAACCUGCUGAAUCUCCUACUCCUACUUCUGCACGUUCUACUGGUGGACUUCUUGAAGCUCCUAUUGCUAUAGCUGGAUACUUUUUUGCUACCUCUGCAGGAUCCGGAUUAACUGGUUUCUUGGGAUAUAAGGGUAUAAAUGACGGUGACGGUACAUACGUUCACAAGGAGAUAUCUCGGCAAUACCUCUUGGAUUUCUUCGGCAAACCAAAGGAUCAUUACAGGAGAAAGAGAACUGGUGCCUAUUUUUCCAUAUCGUACAUUAACCCAAAAGACCCUGAGGAUCACGUGAAAAUCAUAGUCCUAGAUACUCGCUAUAAUAGGGAGUGCUUCUACAACUGUAUCUGUAAAGCAUGCAAACUCACCUUUAUCAAGUCAAGAUCAAUCUUCCUCAAAAGGCUCUUUAACGCUUUCUUGGGGAUCGGAUGUAAUCACCCUGGCGACGUUUUGGGAGAGGAACAGUGGGAAUGGCUUCAGGGUCAACUCUAUGAAUCCGACGCCAAAGCACAUGUCAUUGUCUCCUCCUUCCAGGUAUUUACCACCUUUCCAGUUAGUGAGAGUUGGGGACUGCUUCCAUCCGCCAAAAAGAGACUCCUUGACCUGAUCAAGGAGACCAAACCAAAGAAGCCUCUCAUUAUUUCUGGAGAUGUACAUUAUGGAGAAAUUAUUCAAAAUAAGGGAAUGGUUGAAAUCACGUCGAGCAGUUUGACUCACUCUCUUUGUCACCAUUCAAUGAAUAGACACAAGACGAUCCGUUUCAUGUUAUCAUUCUACAAGACGGACAUUUACCUCUUCAACAACUACGGAAUCAUCGAGUUCGACUAUGACCCAUCCACAAGUCAAAUCAAGUGGGACGGUGGAAUUUACAGCGAGUCUGGAGAGCGUGUUCUGGGCUACGUCAGCCCCUUUGACGAGGACUUGUACCAGUACGUGAAUGAUCGGGACUCGUUUUUCAUGGACUACAAGAUCAUAAAGUGCAAGAGCAUCCCAGAAAUCCUCCGCAUCCUCUUUACCAUUUUUACCUCUCUUGCCCCUCCAAUCGCAUUAGUGUACGCCAUCUUUGUAUCUUUGAGGUCAAGGAAGCAAAAGGUGGAAUAG